UUAUUCUACAGUACCGGACGUAAAUGCUAUGUGAUUUUCUAUAGGACAGUACAGGGAAAUUGCAUGUAUAACCUUCAAAAAAUUAAACAGCAUUUAUGUCCGGUACUGUACGUCAUUAUUUAUCAAAAAUUGUUAUACAGAAAAUCAUAAUAGUUCCUCAGUUGCUUCCAUAUUUUCGGGCUCCCCACCACUGGUUCGACUUUAGGGACUUUUUAGGGAGAAAUCUAUCUACAGGCCAGCCAUAAAGGAUUAAAAAAAUUAUCCUUAUGGCGUAUUCCGAGCCAUAACAAAUUAAAAUAAUAAUAAUAACCUUAUGGCGCAGGCUCUCUCAAUCUUCUUUCUGACAUUUGCCUACAUUAAAUAUUUUUAAAAAUCAGAAACUUUUUUUAAUUAGAAGAUACUAAUUUACAAAGAAUGCAAUGAAUCCAUUAACCAAUGUUAAAAACAUAACGAAACUCGGAGAACAAGAGUUAGUACGUGGUGGGACUACUUCAUGGCAUGACGAAUACAAAGAUAGUGCUUGGAUAUUCAUCGGUGGUCUUCCAUAUGACUUAACUGAAGGAGAUAUCAUCACAGUAUUUUCUCAGUACGGUGAGCCUGUAAAUAUUAACUUGAUUCGUGAUAAAGACACAGGAAAAUCUAAAGGAUACGGCUUUUUGUGUUACAAAGAUCAACGAAGUACAAUUUUAGCUGUUGAUAAUUUAAAUGGAAUUAAGUUGUUAGGCAGAAUAAUUAGAGUUGACCACGUGGCUAAUUACAAAGCUCCGAAAGAAUCAAAACGAGUUGAUAAAGUUACAGAAAAAUUACGUUUUGAAGGAUGUUAAUUUGUACGUCUGUGAGAAUAAUAAAUUGUCAACUAU